AUGGUUGAACAAGCUUCGAUUACCACAAAGUCAAAACCAUUCAUUUUCCUUCUCGUUUUCUCGGAUACAGGUUCUGACAAGGGUGCCGUGCAGGGAGUGUUGGAGCGAACCGAUUGGGGCGCGUGGCAAUCAUCGUCCCAAACCUUUUUGUCGGGAGAACGUUCUGCUAGAAGAAUGCCCCGGGGAGCGAAAAACAAAAGGUCAAAGACGGCCUCUCCCACGCGAGCGUCCUCGUAUGCCGCAGCCGAUCGAGCGACGGGUGCUACCCUUGAGCGCCAAAGUACGAUUCCGCUAUCCUCCUUUCAGUCGAUUUCUCCACCUACAACAAUGACAACGCCAACAGGCACUCCUCAUCCUGGACAUUUGUACUUUCCGCAUCAUCUGCACUAUCCUCCGCCCCCUCCGGAAGACGGGAUGUACUCUCCCACAGUGUACAAUCAAACGCCUGUCACGUCGGUAAGCACCCGCCGAGAUCCUCUUCCUACUCGUGAAUACCGAAUUGUACUACUGGAACCAAAAUGGCAAAGUGACAAGAUGCGUUGUACCGUGCACAAAGUCGACGGUGAAACGGUCGAAGCCUUCUUGUUCCGGCGUGUUUGCCAAGCGGCAUCCAGCUUUUGGCAGCCGCUAUUCCAACAACACCAAUCCGACAGAUUACGCGUCGUCCUAGGACCCAAGUACAGCAUAAACAUACGGACCACAGCACAGGCGGACGCGAAUCACGGUCGGGGAAAGUCGCGUUCGGCACCGGACACCACUGGUACCCGUACAGACUGGGUUACGCUCAACUUGCGUGUGGUCGAUUCGAAUCAGUCGCCAGAGGCGUAUUGGAUGGCUGAGUCUCCAUUCUUUGAUUUUGUCCAACCAAAGGGCCAACGCUGCUCUAUUGUGGUUUCGCCGUUUGCUCACGGGCGAUUGGAUCCGAAGAGGCGUGUCGAAGAGGAGCUCUCGGUAGUUUGGCCAGCCGAGGACAGCGUGCAAGCGCUCUCGGACGACGGUCUCAUGACGCCGCCGGCGAAGCGACGAAAAACGGACAAAGAUGGUUCUUCGUUACGAGACUAUAUUAGCGGGACCAGAGGCGAAUCAUUUUUGGCUUCCGAGUCCAUAAUUAAUCGUGAGAACCGAUCGUUAAAUCAAGUACAAACUGCCAAGGAUCAAGGUAGCUCUUCUGUCGAAAGAACAACGAAUGAACCUGUUACCGCUGACGUUGUUGCGGAGGAGCAGCGCACUUUACGGGCUAGCCUGGAGGCCAACGAAGAUUCCUUGAGUUCUUCGUCGAGUAGUGGCUCGAAUUCCACCUCAUCCUCGUUGUCAUCGGCGAAGAGAAAGGGUGAGAAACGCAUCAAUCAAUUGACCGCGAUUUCACCGGAUACUGUAAAGAAUACGAUGGGGGGUAAGCAGUCGUUGAAUCAUGUUACAAACCAUGAUGAGAAAAAGAAAGUGGUGAUGGAUUCGGUAACCACAGACGACGAAGCAUUUAGAGAUGUAUCAAUUCUGGGCAGGAAAUUGACGACAGAAACAAAAGAAGUAUCGAAGGGCGUCCCAAUACAAAGCGCCAACAAAGAGACAGAUUCCACCGCGUCAAGUGAUUCCUCGGCAACAUCCUCAACGACGGGUGAAAAUUUGACGCCGGGCUCUGAAACGAUGAAUGGUGUCGUUCAAAGUUCGACGACACAGAAUGUCGAGUCCGAAUCUUUGUCGAGGCAUUCUGAAAGUCUGCACGUAGCCAAAGUUGUCUCUCGUGAGGGCGCAGUGGAAGAUAACGCAGCUGCGCGUCAAGAGUCGGAUAAGGCCAUGUUGUCUGAUCAAGGUACCACUCCCCAUACCGCUGUGGCAAACAUAGAGUCGUCAAUUAUUGACAACCAAAAGAGGGCAGAUGGCGAGCAGACCAUAGAUGAAAAUGAAGCGACAACAAAGCUUUCUCUAAUCAACGAAGAUCGAACCAUCGCGUUGACGUCGGUUGGGGAUCACCGCCAACCAUCUGUGUCAUCGGCAAGCAGCGCUACCAGUACUGGCGAUAGUACCAGCGACAGCUCGAGCUCGUCGUCUUCGGGAUCCUCGCACGAGAUCAAAUCAAAUACAGAAGAACGUCAAGCCACCGAUGCCUCUCCGCCACAGGACCUUCCGCCAAUUCCUUCGGAAAUUGCUACAACUAUUCGUCAAGCUCUUCAUCUUCCUCGAGCAGUUCGUCUUCUUCGUCAAGCUCCUCUUCGUCUUCUGGCUCGGGAACCAAUCGUUCGAUAG